UGCAUCGCAGCUUAAUUUACACUACGCUCCAUCUAUUUAUUUUAGUGCCGCGACAGAGACAACAAACAGAGUGAGAAACUAAAAAGAGAAGAGGAAAAAAAAAUGGAGGAAUCAUCAACAACAUGCGUGUUGUGCGAGAAGAGGGCAAUGAUGCUCUGCGACUCGGACCAGGCUAAGCUAUGCUGGGAAUGCGACGAGAAAGUCCACAGCGCCAAUUUCUUGGUCGCGAAACAUUCUAGGGUUCUUUUAUGUCGUUUGUGUCACUCCCCGACUCCGUGGAAGGCUUCGGGGAUGAAACUCACGCCCACUGUGUCGUUUUGUAACCGCUGCGUUGCGGAACGGAACGCGAGGUGGAACCGAUUGGUGAAUAAUGAAAAUGAACAUCAACAACAGCAACAACAACAACAACAGAGUGAUUUUGUGGUGGAUGAUGGUAGGGAAUAUGGUUCUGAUCAUGUUUUUGAUGAUGACGAUGGUGAUUAUAGUGAUGAUAGUGGUGAAGAAGAAGAAGAGGACGAGGAUGAUGAAGAGGAGAAUGAGAAUCAAGUGGUUCCAAUGUCUUCUGGUUCUGCCACGUCACCACCUAAGGUUGCCUGUUUAGCGUUGAAGCGAUUGAGAAACAACUCUUUUUCUGUCGAUUCUUCACAUGAUGAGACAGCGUGCUCUUCAUCUGAGAUGCUUAGUUCUACAUUGCCUAGUGGUGAUGAAUCAACCUCUUUGAGUAGUGUAUUAAAGAGGCAUCGGGUUGAUUAGUGAAAAUUGAAGAGGUUAGAGGUGGUGACGGUUUGUGUUGAUGAACCCAAUUUGAUCGAAAAUUAAUCUGGACCGUUGAAUUGAUAGGACAACUUCUGUUUAUAGGGCAACUUCAGAUUAUCUUUAGUGUUAACUCCCAUCUUUCUCUUGAAACUACUUAGUUUAUAGAACAACUUAGAUUCAGAAAAAAAAUUGUUUUCUUUUUGCAUUCAAUUUUUGUAGCCAACCCCAUUGAUAAUAACUCUGUAGUUCACAUUUCAUGAUAUAUAUGUAUGUGGAGAAUGUAUAUAUUUCAAAUCCUACUUUCAUUAAUUUUCGCCACCUAUUUCUUGUGUCUUGUUAUCUCUUAUUAUGUAAAACUCACCACAAUGAUGUGUAUAUUUUAUAUCCUACUUUCA